AUUUUACAUUUUAGGACAGAACACAAGUACAUACAUUAGUUUGAUUCUAACUGAAAAUCAAAUUUAGGUUUCUGCCUCUCAGCUCUCAUUGGAGUCAACCAGGUAAGAAUUAUGUCUGGCGAAGAGGAAGAAAACGCUGCCGAGCUCAAAAUUGGUGAAGAGUUUUUGAAGGCGAAAUGUUUGAUGAAUUGUGAAGUGGCUUUAAUUCUUGAGCAUAAGUAUGAGCAGCUUCAGCAAAUGUCUGAUGACCCCAUGAAUCAGGUUUCCCAGGUAUUUGAGAAGUCGCUGCAGUAUGUUAAGCGCUUUAGCCGUUAUAAAAAUCCAGAUGCUGUUAGACAAGUUCGAGAAAUUCUGAGUAGAUAUCAGUUAGCUGAAUUCGAGCUUUGUGUUCUUGGUAACCUAUGUCCUGAAACUGUGGAGGAAGCAAUUGCUAUGGUGCCUUCCAUCAAGACUAAAGGACGGGCUCACGAUGAUGAUGCCAUUGAGAGAAUGUUAAAUGACCUAUCACUUAUCAAGAAAUUUGAGUAGCGGUCGCUACAUUUCUACCAACACUUAUUGACUGUAUUUGAACAGGCUUAUGACACUGAGACCAUUAAGAGGAAGUUCAAUGCCCUGUGUCUAAUCAACAAAUCUCUGUUGGGGUCAUUAUAUUUUCUAUCUGCCCAUGUCAAAAGUUUGGAAAAAGGUAUGACAAUCGCAUGUUUGGAAAAAGGCUUUAGCUUUAGCUUUGCAUUCUGCUGAUUUUGCAAUGAUAUUUUUACUGUGAGAUUGUUGUUCUUCUAAUGAUAACUCUUGCUCAUGAUAUUAA